ACGGCGGCUCGCCUAGGGUCGCAACAUUGUUUUUCUACUGCCAAAGGGAAUAUCACACUUAAUUAAUCCAUGCCAACUACCCAAUCACUCUCAAAUCAAAGCUAAAAUUGCAAAGCCAUCAAUGAUAUUUUUUUGUUUUGUUGAACAUCAUCUGCUACCAAAAGAUUCAAUUUACAUUAUGUCCCACUCAUUGACUUCUCAUCAUCUGAAGAGAGUACAUAACAGCUCACUAAUUUCUUUAAAAGCCUUUAAACAUUGGAGCAGCAAAUCAGCCAACCAUUACUAGAUCACUACUCCAAAAAUGAGCCCAGCCAUUAAUCCUGAAGAUCCCGCAGCUCAACCGACUUCCGAGAAGAAAGGCGGAUGGAUCACCAUUCCUUUCAUUUUAGGUCUGAUCAUACAUCUUAACUUCUUGUUUUUUCUUGAUUGUCACAACUCCACUGUAAUUUGAAUUAUAUAAAAUUUUAUGUGUGACAGCUACAAUGGUCGGGUUAUCGCUCGCGUUCGGAGGAUUGUUUUCGAAUCUGGAAGUGUAUCUAAUUGAAGUGUUCAACAUCAAGAGGAUCAGCGCAGCUCAAAUCACCAACUUGGUCUGCGGAUUCGUUUCUAUAAUACCAGUUGGAGCAGCCAUUUUAGCUGACUCAUUUUUCUACUGCUACACUGUGAUAUGGAUUUCUACUCUCAUCUCAUCACUGGUGAGCCACAAUUUAUCUGUUCUGUUUUUCUGAUCACCGACAUAUAAAUCUUUAAUAUACUCAUUUUCAUCAAAAUCAGGGGAUGCUGCUGUUAACCAUGACAGCAGCUUUCAGCAAACUGAGACCACCGCCUUGCGAAAUCGGGUCGAAUAUUUGCACAGAACCAAAUAAAGUGCAGCUAACUGUUCUGUAUCUAAGUCUGGCACUAACAGUUUUCGGGUUGGGCGGUAAUCGCUUCACGCUUGCGCCGAUGGGGGCAUACCAAUUGGACAAACCAAAGCAACAAGGGAGUUUCUUCAACUGGUACAUAUUUGUUAUGUACGUUUGCAUUAUUUUGAGCUCCACGGUUAUUGUUUAUCUUCAAAACAACGUGAGUUGGGCUUGGGGAUUUGGGAUUUCCACGGCUGCAAAUGCAUUAGCCCUGUUGCUGUUCAUUGUUGGCAACCGUUUCUAUCGUCAGUUGAAGCCACAAGGAAGCCCUUUUGCUGGCUUGGCUCGUGUUGUCAUCAAAGCUAUUCGAAACCGGGGCAUUAAACUCUCACAAAAUCCAGCGGAUUAUUUCCAAGACCAAGAAAGUAAGGCGCCUACUCUGCCUACAAAAUUUUUCAGGAUAUUGAAUCGCGCCGCGCUUAAAGGUACCGAAGGAGAUGCAGGGCUGAACGGAUACAUAACAAAAUCGUGGCGAAUUUGUACAGUUAGAGAAGUGGAAGAUUUCAAAGGCCUAAUCAGAUUGCUACCGCUAUGGACAAGUGCAUUGUUCGUGUCCGUUCCACUGGCCAUCCAAAUGAGCUUGGGAAUCCUCCAGGCUUUAACAAUGGAUCCUUAUAUUGGACACAAUUUCAAGGUUCCAGCCGCUUCAAUAAGCGUUUUCUUAUUCAUAGCCACUUGUAUCACUAUUCCUUUGGUAGAUCGAAUCUUUAUACCGAUGUGGAAUAAGUAUGGUCCCCGGCCCAUCACGCCUCUCCAGCGUGUGGGGAUCGGCCAUUUGGUUGAUAUCCUUAGCAUGAUAUCUUCGGCCGUGGUGGAAGUGAAGAGGCUGAAAAUCGCGCGAAUGCAUAAUCUUCAAGACCAAGAUAACGCCGUGGUGCCAUUGUCCAUGUUCUGGCUAGUGCCUGCAUUGGCAUUUGCUGGUAUUGGAGAAGCAUUUCAUUUCCCCGGACACCUUGAAUUUUAUCACCAAGAAUUCCCCAAGCAUUUGAAAAAUACUUCGACUGCAGUAAUUUCCUUGGCAAUUGGCAUCGCUUUUUACUUGGGGAAUGCCUUGAUCGGCGUUAUUGAGCGAUCAACUGAUUGGUUACCGAACAAUAUAAACAAGGGGAGAUUAGACAACGUUUUCUGGGUAAUCACUGUUAUCGGAGGCUUCAACUUCUGUUAUUUUCUUGUAUGUGCUUCAAUGUACAAGUAUAGACCUAUUGAAGAAGAGGAAGUAGAUGAUGCUAUUGUUGUAAAUAAAGAAUGAGAAUGAAAAGCCAGAGGUGGUUUUGCUGCACCAUCUUAGAAUGUAAUAUCUUCAACAUGUUACUUAUUACAUUUCGAAUCUUGUGUUCCUACUAUCAUCAUUUGUUCUCUAGCCAAUGCAGCCAUCCAGGCAAGUUGAACGGGACCAAGCCAAAAUUCUUAUAUGAUUAAUGGUCACAUUGUAGUAUUCUUUAUAGGUGGAUUCCGGAGAAAACACAGGAUAACUAGGAAGGAAUCUUUGUAAAUUAUUUAAGGGAUGUACAGAGAGGCAAUGCUUUCUUCCU